AUGGCAUGCAAGCGCCCGACGCCUGAUGGCGACGCUUGCUCCGCUACCGCUGCUGUGGCGCUGUCGCCGUGCAAUAAGCCACGGUGGCUGUUCAUGAGCAUCUUCAACUAUAAGAGGAUGGAGACGCUCGGGGCGGGCACGUACAUCGUCGUGUACAGGCUGGCCGACGUCGAACGCGACUGCCUCGCCGCGUGCCGGGGCCACCCGUACGUCGUGCAGCUUAGGGACGUCGCCGCUAACCCGUCCAACCGGGACAUGUUCCUUGUCAAAGAGUUCGUCGGCGCCCGCAGCCUCCGCGACCUCAUCGCCGGCCAUGCCCGUCGUCGUCCCUUCUCCGAAGGCGAGACCCGCGCACUGAUGCGGCAGCUCCGCGCCGGCGUCAGGACAAUGCAUGCCGCCGGCAUAGCCCACCGCGACAUCAAGCCACGCAACAUCCUCAUCGGCCCGGGCGGUGCGCUCAAGAUAUGUGACUUCGGGAUGGCAACCACGGCGGCGCCGCCCUACGAGGGAUUCAUGGUCGGCACGCUCCACUACAACACACCGGAGCAACUCGCCGGCAACCGGUGCUACGGCCCGGCCGUGGACAUGUGGGCGCUGGGAUGCAUAAUGGGCGAGCUCCUCACCGGUGCGCCACUGUUCGGAGGCGACAUGAUAGAGGAGGAGCUUCUCGCCGACCUGUCGGACAACCUUGGGGACCCGCUCAGGGAGCUGUUCGAGGAUGUCCUGCUGGAGCUUUCACCGGCGAAUCUGUCCGGGCUGCUGUCCUUUGAUCCUGAGAAGAGGCUGACGGCGGCGGAAGCAAUGGAGCACCGGUGGUUCGCCCAAGUUACCAAGAGAGCAGAGUUUACUGGCUUUGACUUAGACUCUCAAUUUGGAGACACUUCAAGUAGAGCGUUUUCAGCAAGCAAUCAAUGA